GACCCGCCAAACGCUACACAGACACACGCGCGCGCACGUAAACGUUGAGACACAUGACAGGCCUGCUAGGCAGCAAGCUACUUUGCUGCUAGCCAGUUUUAAUCAUGUUUGUAGCACGCAGUAUCGCAGCAGAUCAUAAAGAUCUAAUCCACGAUGUGUCGUAUGAUUUCCACGGCCGCAGAAUGGCAACCUGCUCCAGUGACCAAAGUGUCAAGGUUUGGGAUAAAAGCGAGAAUGGAGAGUGGCAUUGCACGGCCAGCUGGAAGACACACAGCGGAUCGGUGUGGAGAGUGACCUGGGCUCAUCCAGAAUUCGGGCAGGUUCUGGCCUCCUGCUCUUUCGACAGGACAGCCGCUGUGUGGGAAGAGAUUGUAGGGGAGUCCAACGACAAGCAGAGGGGACUAAGCCACUGGAUAAAGAGAACCACGCUAGUGGACAGCAGAACCUCAGUGACUGACGUGAAGUUCGCCCCUAAACACAUGGGCCUGAUGCUGACCACCUGCUCCGCGGACGGCGUGGUGAGGAUCUACGAGGCCCCUGAUGUGAUGAACCUGAGUCAGUGGUCCCUGCAGCACGAGAUUUCCUGCAAGCUCAGCUGCAGCUGCAUCUCUUGGAACCCCUCGAGCUCUCGAGCCCACCCGCCAAUGUUCGCUGUGGGGAGCGACGACAGCAACGUGACGUACGGGGGUAAAGUUCAGAUCUACGAGUAUAAUGAAAACACGAGGAAAUACUCUAAAGCCGAGACUCUGAUGACGGUCACCGACGCCGUCCACGACAUUGCAUUUGCCCCAAACCUGGGGAGAUCAUUCCACGUGCUCGCCAUCGCUACGAAAGACGUCCGAAUCUUUAAGCUUGUUCCUAUGAGGAAGGAGAGCACCUCCACGGGACCCACCAAGUUGGAGGUGCAGAUUGUGGCUCAGUUUGACAACCAUAACUCCCAGGUGUGGCGUGUGAGCUGGAACAUCACCAGCACCCUGCUAGCCUCCUCCGGCGAUGACGGCUGUGUGCGCCUCUGGAAAGCCAACUACAUGGACAACUGGAAGUGCACGGGCAUCCUGAAGGGAGACGGCAGCCCGCUCACCGGCUCCUCCGGUCAGCCCACCGCCAUGAGCACCGUUGUGGGCUCCUCGGUCCAGACGUCCCAGAGCACACUGAACGGGAUGUCUGCAGGAAGGUAUUUCUUUCCGCCUCUGGAUCCUCCCAGAGCGGGGACCAGGUACGGUCACCUGCUGCCCCCCUCCUCCCUCAUAGAGCAUUGUGAUGCUGAGCCCACUCAGCCUCUUCCUCACAGACUCUACUCCAGAGCACUGCUGCCUCUGCCAGAGGCCGAAGGGCUGUGAUGUAGCUCAAAUAACAAGGGAGUUUGCUUAAGGGAGGUGGGCGGGAACCCCACGAGUGCCAUUGAUUUUGAAUAAAGAUUCAUUUUUUCUAAGUGUUUAUUUUUUCCUUCAUGGUGUUUUUGUGAACUUUGCAAGAAGCGGCCAGUGAAGCCGUCUUGAUAAACGUUUCAAUGUUGAUAUGUGAACAAUCAACUAAAUAUUACCCAGAUCCACUUUUGUAUUCUGAUUUCUUUAAUUAUAUGGAAUCUGCAAUUAAAAGGUAAAUGACCUCUGACUUUCGGUGCCGGCAGAGGAAGUGUUACUGCUCGGCGGUCACACAAGUUGGUCUUCUGAGUCUGAAUAAACAUCACAAGAUAUGAAAAUA